AUGCCUGACAUUGUGAACGCACCCGCCUCUGGCACUCCGUACUACACCCCCUCGCAGUACCCCGCUGCAGGUACUGCUGUCGAUCCCCAGCCGGAUGGGAAGCCAAUCCCGACGCUCUUCAAGCCGUUGACGAUUCGCGGGGUUGAGUUUCAGAACAGACUCUGGUUGUCGCCUAUGUGCCAGUACUCUGCGGAGAACGGUCGACUUACAGGUUGGCAUUACGCUCACCUCGGCGGUAUCAUCUCCCGCGGACCUGGUUUCAGUAUGGUCGAGUCUACCUCGGUUACGCCCGAGGGCCGCAUCACCCCCGAGGAUUCGGGUUUGUGGUGUGACGAGCAGAUCGAACCCCUUGCCAAGAUCGUCACCUUUGCACAUUCCCAGAACCAGAAGAUCGGGAUCCAGCUUGGACACGCCGGGCGAAAGGCCUCCACGGUUGCGCCUUGGUUAUCCCCAGGCGCGACCGCCACGGAGGCCGCGGGAGGGUGGCCGGAAGACGUCUGGGCGCCGAGUGCGAUUCCAUACAGCGACGACUUCCCAAAGCCGAAGGAGCUGAGCAAGCAGGGCAUCAAGCGGGUCGUGACCGCCUUCGUGGAUGCGGCGAAGCGCGCGUUGAGGGCCGGCUUCGACGUUAUCGAGAUACACAACGCGCACGGGUAUCUCUUGCAUGAGUUCGUGAGUCCCGCGAGCAACAAGCGUACCGAUGAGUACGGAGGCAGCUUCGAAAACCGUGUCCGACUGUCCUUGGAGGUGGUCGAUGCUGUGCGCGCAGUGAUACCACCUGACAUGCCCUUAUUCCUUCGGAUCUCUGCGACCGAUUGGCUGGAGAAAAGUCUCGCUAAUGAGCCGUCGUGGACUGCCCAGGACACCGUGAGGUUCGCAGACCUCUUGGCUGAGCAUGGUGUCGACUUGCUCGAUGUGAGUACGGGCGGUCUGCAUCCUGCGCAGAAGAUAGAAGGUGGACCGGCGUAUCAGGCGCGGUUCGCUGAGAUGGUCAAGAAGGCCCACGGACAUAGGAUCCUGAUUGCAGCAGUGGGCGCUAUCAGCGACGGGAAGACAGCCCAGGGAGUCCUAGAUAAGAAUCAAGCAGAUGUAGUGUUCGUCGCGCGCCAGUUCCAAAAGAACCCGGGAUCGGUAUGGCAGUUUGCAGAAGAACUGGGUGUUGUGACUACGGUUGCUCAUCAGAUUGAGUGGGGGUUCGCUGGUCGUGGGAAUGUGGGCAGGUCGCGGAAGAAUGUUUCGUCUAAGGCUUGA